CCGUCGUGGAGAGAUAAGUGCAGUUUUGUAUAGGAACAUGUAGGCUACAGCUAUGCCUCUCCCUCUCCCUGAUGAUCUAGCCUCGCUUCAUCCAGAGACGCAGGCCCUUCUCUUAGCCGAGGCGAAAAGCGAUCAGAUAAGCUACGAGGACGCCGCUACUGUAGAAGAGGCACGUAUUUUGGUCGAAGGGGAUGACCCUCUUGACUCCGACGGCUACGUGUACCAGUUCAGGGGAGAAAGGUUGGAGUACACGGUACCCUCCACUCAAGGCGAAGCUGACCUACCAGUAUGGGUGUAUAGACCGGUCCCCUGCCCCCCAAAGCCGACCAUACUGGUGUACUUCCACGGGGGAGGCUUUGUUAUUGGCAAUAGGAAGACCCACGAAAUCGGGGUGAAGAUACUGACAGAUUUGGCGGCAUGUAUAAUGGUGAGCGUGGAGUACCGAAGAGCGCCAGAACACAAGUUUCCAGCGGCGUUUGAUGACGCAGAAACCGCGGUUAAAUGGGUCUUUGCAAAUAAGGAAUUAAUCGGGGGCAGUAAAGAUAGCAAGGUGGGCGUCAUGGGCGACAGUGCCGGGGGUAACCUUUCCGCCUCUCUUGCUCACGACAUUCCUGGACUUGCGCUCCAGAUACUCAUAUGUCCCGUUACCGACUGGAGGGGAGGGACUGAGUCGUACAAGAAGUUCGCCACUGGAUACUUCAUGUCUGCGAAGCAGAUGGAGUGGUUUGCGAAUCACACUUUUAAUUCAGUAUCCGAGCGGAGUCACCCGCUGGCCUCCCCGCUACUUAGGGAGAAGUUCAACCAUCUUCCUCCGGCCCUGUACAUUGCCGCUAGUCACGACGUACUGAUAGAUGAAGGAAUGGCUUACGCGAAGAAGUUAAAAGAUGCCGGAGUCCCCGUGGAAGUCUUGUGCUUGCAAGGAGUGACACACGUUUUCUUUAACCUACCAGGCAUUUUCAAAGAAAAUCACAAACUAGCUUGCGAGAAAAUCAAACAGUUCAUUUCGACCUACGGACAAUAAUUGCUUUAUGUUGAUUGAUGGGGUUUCCAAGUGUUACAGCAAGCGAACUAGGAAACUGUAAUUUUCAUACAGGAAUGAAAAAAAAAGCGUUUUUUUCAGCUUAGAUUAUCAUCAGAUUCACACAUUACAAGAUUAAAUAUCCUUCGACUGUUAAUAAUAUGCGCAGCUUUAAAAGCCAUAGUUUGAGAGUAAGCAGCAGUAACAAUGCAAAAUAGUAUUUAUUACAAUCCACAUCAGCUGAAAUGCACUAAGAUACCAUGUUAUUGGUGCCCGACGUUGGACAACAUAUUUUAAAGUCAAUACCUCCCCCCUCCCCAAAGCUACAGUAGUCGGUUGGCCGGUGACAUUUCGUUUAUCGCUGAGGAUUCGACUUGGGGUCCAAGGAUUAAUGUUGUCAUAAGGGUGGCCCACAAACGACUCUGAGAUGGACACCGCGUUGGCUCGCAAGUGAUGGCGAGGGGUAGCAGGAACUUCAGAUCAGGAACACCACGCAGUCGACAGCAUUAUGUUCUACGGGAUGUACAGAGGGAAAUCAAAUACUCAACAGCAGACUGUAUGACAAGUGGAGGUGGCAAAACGCUGACCUGUGGUGAAAGCAGGGUGAUAAUACAUUUCAAAGUAAAAUUUACGUUGAGAAUGAUUGAAUAAAUAAAGAACAGCAGAGUAUAUUACAUAAUUUAAAUGAUAGAGUUGGGAUUAACAUUACAAACAACAUCAGUUUUCUCAGAAUCAUUCAAUACCCUUUAUUAUAAAAGGCAAAUAUACGUACAUGAUAAUGGCAUAAACCUAACAAAUAACAAUGGUAAAGGUAAGACUGCUGGAAAUUAAUAAAUAUUUAUCAUCUUCUGUUAGUUCGCUUCUUUACUGUGACGACUCUAACAAAAGAACAUGACAAAAAUACGUUUUCCAAUACAGAAAAGUGGAAAUGAUGAUAAAUAAACUGGUUAAUAAAAUCAAAUGCCCCAAAUCUACUAGCAAAUGAUUAUAAACUGGCCACUUCUCGAUAUGCUUUACUAUGCAGAAAAGUGAAAAAAUCUGAUAACUAUUUGCAUUGCAAAACAUAUAGCUCUGUUGAAUUAAUCAAUACCUCAAAAUAGUCAAUUAUAUAACAUCUGCCCAGUCAAGUUCUGGAGAAAAAACGAAUGGCAGCAAAUACCAUUUAUAACUU